AUUUUACAGACUUUAUCUGGCCACGUAUUUCGGAACACUUGUCGAUCGUUGGAACUGCCCAAAGCGCUUUACUCUGGGGCGAGAAACUUCGAAAAAUUAGAAGUGCGAGACAGAGAACUCACGAUCUCCACAGCGCAAUGGGGUCUGGAGGCUACAAUGCAGCGCUUCUGUGCCUUGCGAGCAUUGGAAACACCUGGAGCGAUGGCUACAAAGAUCCCAAGGAGACUGUUCAGCAUCUUCGCAUUCCCGUUCCGGAAACCACAGUUCCAUUUCUGGGAUUCGUCAAAAGCCUCGCCUUGAAACAUCUCAUCUGCGGCACCAUAGCAGGGGCGGUGUCUUCGGCGUCGUGUGCGCCACUCGGGGCGGCUAAAACGCGAGUGAUCGCUCGGAGAGGAGGAACCUCCACGUCGGAAGUCCUAACCAACUUGUCCAAGAAGCCUGGAGGCAUUCUCGGCCUUUUCCCGGCCUCGCUCUCUAGCUGGAUGAUGAUGAUCUUCAUUGGGUCGCUCAAGAGGGGCGUCCAGUUCCUCACCUUUGAGUCCGUCAAGAGGAGCGAGGAGAGAAGACACACCAGAGAUCCCAAGGUUGUUCCACUGCUGCCGCGAGAGGUCUCCAUUUCCACACUUUCGGGAGCUCUCUCUGCUGUGACUUCCCUUCUCACUACGUAUCCCUUCAACACUAUCCAGGACCGGUUGAUGCUACAACCAGAAGAUUACUCGUCAACUUUCUCGGCUUUUGGUAAAGUUCUUCGCGAGGAAGGUGUCCGAGGCUUGUACACGGGGCUGGGGCCCGAGCUUCUGCGGAUGGUUCCCAGCGCAGCUGCCGAGUUUUACGCCUACGAGGCCCUGAAAAGCAAGUUCUUAGAUCCCGCAACCAAAAACAUCGGAGUUGUGGCCUCACUCGCGAUUGGAGCUGCUGCUGGAGCUUUGUCCACGACUUUGACGUACCCCCUGGAGCUGGCAAGGAAGGAGUUGAGCUUGAGUGCUGUUCCUAACACCGCCUUGCACUUCUCCAGCACCUGGGACGUUUUGAGAGCUGUGUCUGCUCGCGAAGGAUUCAGAGGCUUGUACCGAGGACUCGAGCUCGACUUGCUCCAGAUUGUGCCACCAACGGCAGUGUCUUUUGCAGUUUAUGAGGUGAUGAAAAGAGUUCUGAUUGCAGUUGCCGAGGAGAAGAGAAACGAAGUCAAGUAGAAAAUGUUGCCGGGGGGAAAAGAAGCGAAGUCAAGUGGAAAAUUUGCAACGGAAUUGAUCUCCUUUAUUGACAUGCAUGUGUUUUCUUAGAAAGUAGAGCUUCCCUCAUCCUCUUCCUGCUGCAGUUUCAAGUUUAAAACGAGUGACUUCCUCUGUAAUGCCUUCUUACCUUUGGAGUAAAUUUCAAUGCAACCAUGACUUCUCCCU